AUGGCUUCCUCAACCGUCCCCAAGACCUGCAAGGUCAUCACUGCUGAGACCAUCGCCAAGGGCUUCCUUGGUGAGGUCAAGGACACACUGGCCAAGAUCCAAGGCGAGAACCCGUGCAUACCUACCUUGGCUGCUUUCCUCGCCAACGGUGAUCCCGCUGCUGUCAAGUACGCUGAGUGGUCCAAGAAGACAUGUGAAGAGAACGGCUUCAACUUUGACCUUCGAACUGUGGACAAGGAGCUCCUCGAGGAGGAGAUCAUGAAGGCCAAUGAGGAUGAGGACGUCGACGGCAUGAUCGUCUACUAUCCCAUCUUCCCCAACAACCCUUCUCACGACAAGUACAUCCAGGAGUCUGUCGAUCUCGGCAAGGACGUUGAGGGUCUUCGACACCAGCACAUCCACAACAUGUACCACAACAUCCGCUUCAUUGACCCUCCCGAGAACCGCAAGAAGUCCAUCCUCCCUUGCACUCCUCUCGCAGUUGUCAAGAUCCUCGAGUACCUGCAGAUCUACAACCCCAUCCUGGCUUCCGGCAACCGACUCUACGGCAAGACCAUCACCGUCAUCAACCGAUCCGAGGUCAACGGUCGACCUCUCGCCGCUCUCCUCGCUAACGAUGGUGCCACCGUCUACUCCGUGGAUAUCACCGGCGUCCAGGUCUUCACCCGUGGAGAGGGUAUCAAGAAGGCUCGCCACCUUGUCCAAGACAAGGAGGGCUGGAAGCUCGAGGACUGUCUUCCCCUCAGUGAUGUUGUCAUUGGAGGUGUACCCGUCGAGUCUUUCAAGGUCCCCACCGAACUCAUCCGUGAGGGUGCCGUCUGCAUCAACUUUUCGUCCUACAGAAACUUUGACGGUCCUGCCAUCAAGGAAAAGGCCUCUAUCUACGUGCCAUCAGUCGGCAAGGUUACCAUUGCUAUCCUGUUGAGAAACCUGGUUCGCCUCAUUGCCAACCGACCCUCCAAGGAUGAGUCGCAGAAGAACGUCGAGGCCCGAGCUGAGGCUUUUGCCGAUGACUAA